AUGGAUUUUCACCGUCUUAGCACCAUAACACCCUCCACAGUUCUGAGAUCACCGGACCUACUAUUGGAUUUCACGCAUUUUAUUCGUCGAGGACCGUCCGACGACUCUCUGAGAUUGCUUCAGUAUCUUAAUCGACAACUGCAACUACCACAGAACUCCGGGCAGCAGUCUUGCCUAUCUCCUAGUUCGACGCCCAGUUCAUCUCAAGCUUCAUCGCAACUGACACAGUGCCCUCUGCCAAAUCCAGAUAUCUCAUACCCAAAAUUAAAGAUAUCACAAUGGCAACCCCAAGAAGAGUCACCGCAAGAGAGGCAGAUAGUAAUACCGCCCCUUAGCCCCUCGCGCGAGCAGCGUGCCCAACAAAUAGUACCUAUUGCUAGAAGGUAUUAUCAGAAUCAGGGCAUACGUGAUACUAAAAGGCUUAACCGGCUUACCAAGUUAUCACAGCAGCUUCUGGGGAGCAAGUCAGAUCCCGGGAAUAUAUGGAAUACUACAGGCUUAGUAUUUGAUAACAACGGGAAUUCAAGGAUAGAUCGGCUCGAGAGAGGCAAGAGAAAUCUUGAAGACCGGCGGUUAGGAACAAGAUGUGCCACCAAAAUCUCGAUGCUAUAUACUAUCCAUGAGAUCGAUGAGCUGUCCGUUAGUCCCAAUGUGACUGGUAACAGAGUUUCUUGGGCUAUAAAUAAAUAUAUAAAAGAUGCGGGCAUAUCGAGAGAGUUGCUGUUAAAGGACCGGUCAAAUACACGCCACCUCCUCUCUUUGCUUGAGAAUUCCGGUCCGGGGGAUGUGGUGUGCACCAAUGAUAUCAGCAUUGUCACGUGGACUCGGGAGCUUUUAGAUGGCGAGGUGAGCCUUGGACUCCAAUUUCGAGGAGAGAUCUUUCCACCAAGCGAUGAAGAAACAGAAACUGCUCGGAGAUUUCAUCUCAUUGGUGCGAGAUUGAUUAUCAAUGGGCUUGUUGGAUAUGGCUGGAAACACGAAGAGCUAUCCCGGUGUCAAGGCCGGGUUAUGAUGGCCUUGUUCCAGCAUAUUGACAGAUCUGAGCUUGCGAAAGGAAACAUUGAACCGAAGAGAGACUGUGGUACACUUCAAGGCCCUUCGACCAUUGGUAGUCCGGAAACUGAAAGCUCGUCAUUACCACCAUCAGGUGGGCCCGAAUUCGGUGUCCGUAGAUUUCAUCCUGAGGAGCCAGAGGUACUGGCGGGCUCCGUACCCUCCCGCGCGGAGGAGACGAACAAGCGGCCCUACCAGGCAGGUGACGGUAGCGAAUACCAACCUUCGCAGCGAAGGAGAUUAAGUGGAAGGGGUGAAGACGAUAUCCCUUCCAUAUAUCCUACUGGUGACGCUCUUGAGCCUUCUGAGGAUAGAACUUCGGGAUCUUUAGCGAAUUCUAUUAACGGCACGGAUUCAGUUUCUCAGGAUGAGAAUGGAGAUAGAAGGUCCCUCUAUGAAGAAUCUUCCUUGCCGGCUGAUCAUGAACAGUUGGAAGAAGUUAUAAUAGUCCAUGACAAAGGCAAACAUACACUUGAUCUCUCACUGGUAUUGGAUGAAACUCCGGCACUAUUCCCUGGGCUCCCUGAGCUGCCUUCCAGAUUAUGGUAG